AUGGACGAGACGCAAGAUCCUAUUGCGAAUGUGUCUGAGCGUAUAUGUUCUCAUAUGAAUGCAGAUCAUGUAGAUUCAUUGCAGCAUCUGGUCAUGUUUUAUGAAAGGCUGCCGCAAUUACCGGUAUGGUGCCAUAUGACGAAGAUUUGUGCGGAUCAUAUGGUGAUUGGGUAUGUCACCUCUACUCAACAAUAUCUUCUCAACAAAAAAGCGUCGGCGAUCAAGAUUUCAUUUGAGCCACCCCUUCAAUCCAUGAUGGAUGCAAGACAGCGGCUUGUGUCAUUAAGCAAAAAAAGUGAAGAAGAGAAUCUGCGGGUGCUUCAACAAACAUCGGCAACGACCCAUCAAUGGGAACGGUGGAAUCUUGAUGCCCUACUUCUGCGAACCAGGCAUUUCAUCGCCGAACCUGUCACGGUGGCGAUGCUGGGAAUUAUGCUAAGCAUGGCACUUUACCCUAACAAAGUGACCCAAAAUGAAUGGCUCCAGCACCAGCUGGCAACAUUAUUAUGGCCCCUACAAGUGAUAACGGCUCUAUUCAGUGUGGUGCUCGUAAUCCUUAGCAUCUUAUGGCUCAGUCGUGUAUGGACAAACGCCAGUCCCGUCCCUGAAGAUAUAAGGGUGCUGCCUACGUGGCUUGUGACCACACUCUUUCGACGGACAUUGCCCGUUUUGACCAAGGAAGCAUGGUCUGGACAGACAGUGGUGGUCACGGGCGGAGCAUCAGGUCUUGGUGCCGCGUUGGUGCAGAAACUUGCGGGACGUGGUGCGAAGGUCGCUUCCAUUGACGUGUCAAGUGCAUGUGUGGAUCAUGAGCAAGUCACAGCGUAUACCUGCGACAUAUCGAGACGUGAUGAUGUGUCCCUCACCAUGAAUAAAAUUGUGGAAGAGUGUGGUCAGCCAACAAUGUUGAUCAAUAAUGCCGGCGUGGUACAUGGCAUGCCUCUGCCCACACUACCAUCGGAGUCCAUUGCACGGACCAUGGAAACGAAUGUCAUGGGGCCCUUUUGGCUGAUCAAAGAGGUUUUACCCACCAUGAUCAGAAACAAUAGCGGGCAUAUCGUGACAGUGUCAUCGAUUAUGGGUUAUGCAGGUUUCGCAAAGCUCACAGACUAUACAGCCUCUAAACACGCGCUUGUCGGUCUGCACGAGUCUCUGCGGUACGAGCUCGACAGUAUUCACAAAGCACCCCACGUCCGCACAACGCUGGUGACAACGGGACAGUUGCAAGACACGCCUAUGUUUGAUGGUGUUACGCACAGUCCAUUCGUGCACUUUGUCGCACCGAGCAUCAGUGCGCACCGCGUAGCGGACGCCAUUGUCGAGGCAUUGGAGCAGCAAGAGAGUCGACAUAUUGCUAUGCCGUGGUAUGCAUCAUGGACACCCGCUCUACGACUUUUGCCAUCUUUUGUGCGUGAUGGUAUCCAGACAGCGCUCGGAGCGAAUCAUGCCAUGCCAUCACCGGAUGAAGCAUAUGAAACCAAAUAG